AUGGCACCUCAGUCUCCAGGGCUGGGCAGCAGCCCCCCACUGUCCUCUCUGUCACCAAAGAAGACUCCAUUUCAGUCUUUGGGGUCCCUGGCACCAGGGAUGUUCUCCCCAUCUCUUGGUAAGGGCUCCCUUCUUCAGGGGAAGCAGGCCACGACUCCAGUGAGGUCUCCCAGUCCAUCCAUUAUGACCUCUCCAAAACUCUGGCAGAAAGCAUCCAUCUCUAGGCUUGCAGAGGAGUUUUUCUGGAUUGGUGGCAGCGUUGUUGCACAGCCGAAAUGGAGAUUGGGACAGAUAGUGGAGAGGUGUAUGUGCACCAUGCAGACGGGCACUCAGAUGUCCAAACUGAAGGGGAAGAAGAAAGGACUGGUCCGAUUCUUCUACCUGGACGAACACAAGUCCUGCAUCCGUUGGCGGCCCUCCAAGAAACAUGACAAGGCCAAAAUCACGAUCGAUUCCAUCCAUGAAGUCAUUGAGGGGAAAAAGUCAGAGAUCUUCAGGAGGUAUGCAGACAACCGCUUUGACCCAAACUGCUGCUUCAGUAUCUACUACGGGGAGCGUGUCAAGUCCCUGGACCUGGUUUCCACUCAUGCAGAGGAGGCACGGACCUGGAUCACUGGGCUUAGAUACCUCAUGGCAGGCAUCAGUGAUGAAGACAGUCUGGCCCGGAGGCAACGCACCCGUGAUCAGUGGUUACAGCAGACUUUCUCUGAGGCAGACAAAAAUGGAGAUGGCACUUUGAGCAUUGGAGAGGUUCAUCAGCUGCUUCACAAACUCAAUGUGAAUUUACCCAAGCAGAAAGUCAGAGAGAUGUUUCAAGAAGCAGACACAGACGAGAACCAAGGCUCUCUGGGCUUUGAAGAAUUCUGUUCGUUCUACAAGAUGAUCUCAACACGCAGAGACCUCUAUCUGAUACUGAUCUCCUACAGCAAUCAAAAAGAAGUCAUGGAUCUGCAGGACCUUACACGCUUUCUGGAAAAUGAGCAGAAGAUGCGAGGUGUUCCCAAAGAGCAAUUAGUUGACAUAGUGGCCAGGUUUGAGCCGUGUCCUGAGAACCUGCAGCACAUGGUCCUUGGAAUUGAUGGUUUUACUAACUUCAUGAGGAGUCCUGCUGGUGACAUCUUCAAUCCCGAGCACAACCAGGUGAACCAGGACAUGACUCAGCCUCUGACUAACUACUUCAUCGCCACCUCACACAACACUUACCUGACAGGUGACCAGCUGCUCUCCCAGUCUAGAGUGGAAAUGUACGCCUAUGUUCUCCAAGCAGGCUGUCGCUGUGUGGAAGUUGACUGCUGGGAUGGGCCUGAUGGUGAGCCUAUUAUUCACCAUGGCUACACCUUGACGUCCAAAAUUCUCUUCAAAGAUGUUAUUGAAACAAUCAACAAAUAUGCCUUCACUAAAUCACAGUAUCCUGUGAUUCUGUCUAUCGAGAACCACUGCACGGUCCCUCAGCAGAAGAAGAUGGCUGAGUAUCUGAAGGAGGUGCUGCAGGACAAACUGGAUCUGUCAGCUGUCAAUGUACAUGAAUGCAAGAAGCUACCCUCGCCUGAGAUCCUGAAAGGAAAAGUUUUAGUCAAGGGAAAAAAGCUGCCAGCAAACCUUGAUCCUGAGGCAGAGGAGGGGGACGUAUCUGAUGAAGAUACUGGAGAUGAUGACGACGAUGAAGAUGAUGAAGAUGAUGACGAUAAUGCACAGGAUGGGAAUAGCUUUGUCCCUGGAAAUUCGACCAAAAAGAAGAGACAAUUUGGCAGAGCCAUCGUAAGGAGUUUCAAAAGAAAGAGAAAAAAGAGAAGCAGGAUGAAAAACAAAGCAAUGUCAGAUGGCGAGUCAGAUUACAGCAGCAAGGAGAGGACACGAAUUGUUUACCACCCUAAGAAGAGGAAAACAAUGAGGCUGUCCAGAGCUCUGUCUGACCUGGUCAAGUACACAAAAUCUGUCAGAGUGCACGACAUAGAGACACAAGGGUUAACAAACAGCUGGCAGGUAUCUUCCCUAAAUGAGACAGUUAUGAACCAGAUCUUGCAGCUGAAGCCGACUGAAUUGGUCCGUUUAAACCAGCGGCAACUCCUGCGAGUGUACCCGUCAAACUACAGAGUGGACUCAAGCAACUUUAACCCACAGCCAUACUGGAAUGCAGGAUGUCAUAUGGUUGCCAUGAAUUACCAAACAGAAGGACGUAUGCUAGAACUAAACCGAGCCAAGUUCUCAAGCAAUGGAAACUGUGGCUACAUUUUAAAGCCAAAGUGCAUGCGCAAAGCUGCCUUUAACCCAACCCUGGAGGAGCCAUUACCAGGACACAGAAAGACGCAGUUAGUAUUGAAGAUCAUCAGUGGACAGCAGCUCCCCAAGCCCAAAGACUCCAUGUUUGGUGACAGAGGAGAGAUCAUCGAUCCCUUUGUUGAAGUUGAAAUAAUUGGUUUACCGUUUGAUUGUUGCAAGAAGCAGACCAAAGUGGUGGAUGAUAAUGGUUUCAACCCAAUGUGGGAGGAGACCCUCAUCUUCGACAUUUACAUGCCACAACUCGCCCUUGUGCGUUUCCAGGUGUGGGAUCAUGAUCCAAUUGGACGAGACUUCAUUGGACAGAGGACUGUGGCUCUCACCAGUAUGCUGCCAGGUUUUCGGCAUGUUUACCUGGAGGGAAUGGCUGAGUCAUCCAUCUUUGUUCAUGUGGCUAUCAUUGAUAUCACAGGAAAGAUCAAACCAUCAAAAGCGGUGCAUGCAGCCCGAAAACACAUCCAAAAGGCAGCCAAGAAGCACAUAAAGGGUCAGCAGAGGCAAACCUCUCUGGACUCCUCGGUCUUGUCCUCAGAGGAUGGACGUUCUCUGUACUUCAGAAAGGAUCUGGACACCAUCUCCCAGGAAAGCUUGGAUGGGGAUAUGCCUUCUCUGGUACUUGGACCUGCAGGAAAGGCCUCCAUCCACAAAGACGCCAUGAGUGAGCCGGUGAGACGAGCUCACAGGGUUAAAAUUCAUGAACCCCCAGAGACAAGGGGAGGGAUCUUCAGCCGGAGGUCCUCCACUGACUCUCACCACACUGGAGGUCCUUCCUCUUUCAGAGCAGAUAGUUUUGACUUUGACACCUAUACCCCGGGUUCUUAUCCUGAUGUUGCUGCGCCUGACAGCCAAAAUCGAAUUGAAGAAGAGCUGGAGGUUGAACCUGAGUCAAACAAUACCGAGGACGAGACCAGUGAGACAUUUGAGCCAAAGCAGUAUAAACGGAUUAAGGAAUUACCAACAGAAUCACAGCCAGAGAAGGACAUUUCUCUUGAAUCUGAGCAACCACCAGAGAGUCAGAGUCGGACUGAUUCCCUCCCUCUCCCUGUGCCACAGCCUCUGAGUCAGCAUGAAGCCAAAUCCUCUCCAUUUAUACCCCCAUCUUCCCCUCCCAGGGUGAGACGGACCUUGGAGGCUCCGGUCACCAUUCUACCAUGCACAUUGAUGCGAACAAAGACCAGAUCCCGCAGUUGCCCAAGGAGACAGAUUUCCUCUCCUCAGACUCCAACAGUGCACCGCAGAUCUGCUCUCCAAUGGCAGACGCAGCGAGCUCAAAGCGAGGGUAGCUACAGCAGCCGAGUGAGGCCUAUACCCAACGGCCUCUGCCUGUCUGACAGCUCAUCCAGCAGCAGUGAAGGCAGCACAGACAGCCUGGAGUAUGAGUCCUCACGUGUGCCGGACCAAAAAGAGGGUACUCUGCAGAGGGAGAUGAGGGCUCUUUUUGACCGGAGGAUGAGCGAGAUUCGGUGUAAAUCGCCACUUUUUGUAAAUGAUUAGACGUUUUAAAUGAUCAGCACCUCCAAAGACAACAUCGUCUAACAUUGACACAUCACUGAGGAUGACAUCAUGGACAGAGCAGCUCCGAUCUUCAUCCCAAAGAACUAGAGACCACUCAGAAUUACACAGUUAACUCCACUUUUAUUAUUGUAGGCCUGCUGUAAUGUAUGCAUGAUGCUGAAAUGUUUACAAUGAAUAGUUUUUAAGGGAAGUUGUUGGAAUCGUGUGAUGCCAUUGCCAACUGUUUAUAACAGCAUGAUGCAGUCAGAAUUAAGUAAACAAAGACACACAUCUAAG